AUGGACAAACACUUCUUGAUGGUUUUCUUCCUUUUCUGCUUCAUUGUAGCAGUGACACCACUGAAGUGCAUGACGUGCCACCUUCGCACACGGACAGAUCGUUGUAGAAGAGGCUUUGGUUCCUGUGUUGCCCAGAAGUUCGAGUCAUGCAUGACUUUAAAGAUCUUCCAGGAUGACAUUCUGCAGUUAUCAUAUAUGGUGUGUCAGAAAUUCUGCAGAGACUUGACCUUUGAUCUCAACAAUCGGACUUAUGUUCAUAAAUGUUGCAAGCACAAUUUUUGUAACCUCAAAGUCUAA